AAUGCAAAAAAUAACAGGAUCUGGAGUGAUGAUCUUUAUUAAACACAAAGAAGAGACCUUAGUUUUAUUAUUGUAAAACAUUAGAAGAAAAUAAUUGGUGUUGAUGGAACCUGGAGGGAUUCAAGAAACAGGACUUUCAUCUAUGAGUAAUGCAUUAAAGGAACUCUAUGAAGAAACAUUUGCAGGAUUAUCAAAAGCUGAUUUAGAUGAGGAACAUAAAGUACUUGUGAAUUUCGAAUACUUAUGUUAUACAGUCUAUAUUAAAAUAGAUGAUUUAAAAUUUUUUUAAGAAGUAAUGGGAAUGAAUUAAAAAAUAUUAAAAAUGUCAAAUAAUAGAUCAUUGCAUUCAUAUAAUGAGUGCAAAGGAUUUAAUUUAAUAAAUUUAAAGGACUUAGCAAAUGUGAAUUAUGAGUAUUAUGAAUAAGAUAAUAAUAAAAUACCACUUCAUUAAAGAACCAAAGGAGCAUUUAAGUAACUCUAAGAUAAAAAAAUAAUUGAAAAGGAUUUAUCAAUAUAAUUACCAUUAUUUUAAUGUUCCUUAGAUAAAAUUAGAAUAAAGAAUCCGAAAUCCCCUUUACAUGUUUUAAAUAAUUAAUAUACAUAUGUUAUACAUUGA